CAGCGGCGGCCCCGCCGCCCCUUACAGAGCCGUCCGAGCAGGGCCGGUGGUGCCCGAGGAGGAGGAGGAAGAAGAAGAUAGGCGGCUGAGGCGAGGGGCGCUGAGGGAGGAGGUGCCCCCUGCCCUGAGGCAGCUGCGGGGAUGCGCUGCGGAUUUGGCCGGUUCUGGCUCCCUGCAGCCUCCCCCUGGCUGUUACUGGGCUCAGGCCUGGGGCCCACUGGAGAGCACGGACAUCACAGAGAAAAGGAGACUGAGCUGAAUCCCUCCAGCAGCUUGGCAGAUACAAUGUCUGCCCCGAGUGGCAUCCCUGCCCCAUCUGCACCACCUUCUUAUGAGGAAACAACAGGAAUCAACGUGAACUAUCCCCACCCAUAUCCUGUCCCAGACCCUGGCCAGAAACCAGAUGGGAAGGGGAUGAACCCUCCUCCGUACACAGGACAGCCUAUGCCAGCAAAUAACCCUGUUACAGUUCAGACGGUGUAUGUGCAGCAACCUGUAGUGGUAUUUUAUGACCGCCCAGUUCAGAUGUGUUGCCCUUCCUGUAACCAGAUGAUUGUGACACGUCUCUCGUAUGAGUCAGGAGCAUUGACUUGGCUGUCAUGUGGUGGCCUCUGCCUGCUGGGGUGCAUAGCUGGCUGCUGCUUAAUUCCCUUUUGCGUUGAUGCCCUAAAAGAUGUGGAUCACUUCUGUCCAAACUGCAAUGCUCAUGUUGGUUCUUACAAGCGUUUAUAGGCAGUGUUUAAACAUUGAUAACUGAUUGAUUUGAAGUUGGCUAGCACCUCUGUAAGCCCCUUCUGAAACUUCAUGGAGACUUUGUGAUUGUUUCUGUGCAUCCUGUCACUGGAAACCAAUCAAAAAUAAUGUUUAUUGCUAGAUUGUUUGAAUAAGAAUUUGCUAAGAAUAAAGGAUUCUGACUUAGGUCUGUAGAAAGUACGUAUAAUCUUUAUGGGCCACCCAGUCCAGCACCAGUCCAGCACCUAAGUGUUGUCUCUCUCUGCUUUAUGCAAAACAGAUUGGUGAUGUCGGUCUAGUUCAUCUCAUGUCAGUCAUGUUGCACACUGGUGUGUUUGCUUAGAGCCUUAGCACAGACCAAGAGGAGAAUGUCUGGAGAACCAUAUAGUCUCACGCUUGGUGUUGAUGCUUUUGCAACAGCACUGUUUACAAACUGGCAGGGAGUUGCUUGCCUCUGACAGACGUGCCCCUCUGACAAAAGAAGUGGUUUUGGUCCCCAAUGUUAUCAUUUGGGCACCUUUUUAUGAGCACUAAAAUUCACUUUAAAACUUUCUCUGUGAAAGACAACCAAACCUAAAGGCUUCUUCCUUCUGGAAGCUGCAUUACCAAAUGGCGGUAAACAAUAACUCAGGUUAUUGUGCAUCAGCAGUGAUUCAAUCUAGUGCCUGAAUUUCCUUGCCAGUUUUGAGUCCAGACGUAUCUCUACUUUGCAGUGAACAUGCUUAUGCAGGAAUUUCGAAUAGAUAUUUUUUUCAGAUUUUUUUUCUUUUUUUACUGCCGAUUUAUGUCUGUGCUGUCUGUGAAAUGUUCUCUUCUCCCCACCUCAUUGGAAAUGCCAAUAGAGCCUCAGUUGUAGUGUUGGAAGGCUUCCUUAUACAUUUACGUGAGUUCACUGAUGGAUCAUAAACAAACCUCAGUCUUAUCUUAAAGCUGGAAUUCCACCUGCAAAACACAAAUAAAUACAGGACCCGUGUUUUUAAUUGUUGAUCUGUUUGUUAGCUGUGGUUUCUUCAUUGAGAAGGUAGCAUGUUUUUAAGGAGUUUCUCUGAUGAUUAUUUAGACUUGUACUCUGAUUUUUCCAAAUGAAAGAUAAGUUCUGUUCUCAGAAACCUAAGCUGGAUAUGCUUAGUUUAGAUGAUGAUCACAGAAAAUUAACAAGUGACACUCUGAAGGUUGAACUAUUUUAAACAGCAGACUAGGUCCAAGUGACAUCUAAAUGCAUUUGAGUGAUACCUGCCUAGAGAAGGCAGACAAGUGUUUAAACAAGGCUGUGAUGCUAACACUGUAUUAAUCUCUGUAAAAAGCUAAAAUAAAUACUGCAUUUAUUGUUCUUGCCAGAUGUGCCUUCUAUAAAUAUUUGGUGUAAGUUAACUUUUCAAAAAUCUUUGAACGCUUCACAUUUGAAAUUUGAGUUUUGUGGAUUACAAAUACAAUGUCUAGGCCUUGUAAAUUAGUCUUUAUAAAUUGCUGCUGUUUGUGGGUCAGUUUGUAAGUCAUUUAAGAGCUUUCUUGUGCAUUUGGAAAAGGCUUCGGAUUGUAUGUCUCUUUGUAUUUACAUUGGUAGCUACUAACUAGCAAGAGAAUAAUGGAAAGAAAAGGUGGUUGCUUUGUAGCUUUCUGCUUUGGGUCUGCAGUACGAGCUCAUGUUUUCUAUCUGCUGUACCACCACAGUAAUGCCUUUGAUGUUCUUUAAGGACCUGGGUGAUGCUCCAUUGAAUUUUCUGUUCUGAUGACACAGUCACUGGUCCUCACUUAUGCAAGUCACAGGCAUUACUGUAAAGCAGCCUUUUUUUCCCUGGAUUUCACAAAAAAUGUAUUUUUUGGCAGUUUAUCAUCAGAGUAAGACAAGAAGAAGCAAUGAAGCAUACAUUCCCUUAGCUCCCCGUUUCUCUACGAAGUGCUGAUUGGAAAAUCUAAGGUGGUAGCACCAUGAUGCAGAAGAACAUUGACCACCUCCUUUUCCCCCACCCCCCAAUAAUUAUAAAUUAUGUGGGUUUUCUUUUGGUUUUAUGAGCAUAGUCAAUUGCAUCUGUUAAAUUGCUGUUAUGGACUAAGAAUAAGACAGAUAAUGUUGGCAGCUACUCCAUGUAAUUAAGCAUUCUGCAAAACGUUUUGCUGGCCCCUCUAUGCUUAAAUUUCCUUAAAUACAAAGCCUGUACAUGUUCUCUUGUGUAUGGAUUUAUCUACAGAAUGUGCCAAAGUGACUUGCUUUGUUAUGCUUAUUUUAGACAGAGAAAUGCAGGAUAUAACUUGCUAUGUGUGGAAAGUGCUUUGUUUGAUUUUGUUAAGUUACUGUUUGUUUUUAAAACUGGUUGUAUUUAAAAUAAAAUCUUUCUUUUGUAUCUAGUGAUUAUAAUUGGAAAAUUAUAGCAUUUGGAAUGUUUCCAAACAUGUGAAUGUUAAAAUAGUGUCAAGAAAUGUAACUAUAGGAUGCAAUUUUUCAGUGUCUCUCUUGGGCCAAAUCUCUGAGAAAUGGCUUUCUGUGGCAUGCAGAUAAACUGCUUACACACAGCCACAUUUGAAAAUGUUAGAAUAUCCCAGUGCCUACUGAAGUAGGUGUUUUCUCUUUUAAUAAUAAAUCUUCCUGAAAUAC